GAAGGAGGGCCGUGGGAGGGGGCAUUCGGCUGCAGAGGGAUGGAUGGGGUCGUCUCCAACGUGGGCGUCUGCAACCUGGCUUAUGCCGGGAAGCUGGAGGAGCUCAAGGACAAGGUCCUGGCCGACAAAACCCAGGCCACCAAGACUGACCAGGAUAACAGGACGGCUCUGCACUGGGCGUGUUCGGCAGGGCACACGGACAUCGUCGACUUCUUGCUGCGUUUCGGAGUGCCGGUGAACGAUAAGGACGAUGCGGGUUGGUCUCCUCUUCACAUUGCCGCCUCCGCUGGCCGCUAUGACAUCGUGAAAGCCCUCCUGGCCAAAGGAGCCCAAGUCAACGUCGUCAAUCAAAACGGCUGCACACCCUUACAUUACGCCGCUUCCAAAAACAAGCAAGAGAUUGCCAUCAUGUUGUUGGAAGGAGGAGCGAAUCCCGAUGCGACAGACCAGUUGGAGUCCACUCCGUUACACCGGGCGGCGGCCAAGGGGAACCUGAAGAUGAUCCAGAUCCUCCUGCAGCACAAGGCCUCCACCAACAUCCAGGACUCGGAAGGGAACACUCCUCUACACUUAGCCUGUGAUGAAGAGAGAGUGGAAGAAGCAAAACUACUGGUCUCCCGCGGAGCAAGCAUUUACAUAGAGAAUAAAGAAGAAAAGACCCCGCUGCAGAUGGCCAAAGGGGGUCUUGCAUCCUUGCUCAGGAGGCUAGUGGAAGGCUAGCUGAGCUGAGUUUGUUUUUUGUAUUCCCUUUUCUUGGGAACCACCUCCUCCUGCCAGGUGCACCCAGGUGGAAUGUUUGCGCUGUUUGUAUGUCAUAGGGUGUGGAAGACUUUACACCAAAUUAAGUAAAUGUCUGUGGACCAAGUUCUCCUCUUAUUUCUUCCCCUGCUCCCAUAUCCUCUCUGUGAGCCACAAGCAUUCUCUUCCUGGGGCUAAUCAAUCUAUCACUGGUAUUUACUGAGAGCUUACUGUGAGCAGAGGGCUAGGGAGAGUCCAAUACAACAGAAUUGUGUGUAUUCCCUGCACUCAAGGUGUUGACAGUCUGGAUCGCAUUAAAAUUCUCCAAAGGGU